GUCAAGUAUCGAUUAUUGAUGAAUUGUCGAUAUCGAAGAGAAUCACAGGAGUAGAGAGAAAACUGCUUUCGUUUUGUAAACAUGGCUGCGCCCUUGGUAUUAUGAUGUUAUGAUAUAAAUAAUUGACGUUCUGGUGAAAAGAAGUGGUCAUCAACAUGCUGUUGAUAAUUCUACUUUCUGUAUUCUUUGGUGCUGUCUUGACUUUGGUGCUUGAAGCUUGCAUUUUCUACAUCUAUCAUUAUCGUCAACCAGAGGUCACUAUCCCACGAAAUGGACUCUUUGAGCCUGCACAAAUGGAUAAGCAUCUUUCAAACUCAUCUUUGCUCGGCAAACACGAAUCAUGCAAUGCCCUCAACACUCUUAUCGCAUUCCUGUUUCGUGAAAUGAAAGACACUAUCAUAGUCCGAACAUGGAUUAUCAAAAAAAUGAAUGUAGAAUUUGAUGAGUUAUUGCGAAGCAAAACAGCAGGUCGUUUGUUAGAACAGAUUAAGGUACGCGACUAUUGUCUUGGGCCAACAUUCCCAACGAUCAAAGAUGUUGUAUUGUGUAAAGCAACUCCCAGGGAACCAUGUGUUGUACCUGAGGAAGUUGAUGUUGCCGUGGAAAUCGAAUACGGAGGAGGAUUUCGUGUAACCGUUGAUGUUGAUCUGGCAUUUGGCACAUCAGCGUAUAUAUCAGUUACAGUGAAGAAAUUGAGGGGCAGGGCGAGGUUACAGUUCACAAGAAUACCAUAUUCUCAUUGGUCGUUUUCUUUUUAUGAUGAACCAGAAAUAGAAUUUGAAGUGAAAUCACAUUUUGAAGGAAGAACUUUUCCACAGUUAGGGUCAUUAAUUGUCAAUCAGCUAAAAAAAACCUUGAAGAAGAAACACACAUUACCAAACUAUAAGAUGCGCUAUAAACCGUUCUUUGUGAAAGCAGUGCCACCUCACGCCAAUGCGGAUAUGUACCUGCACGAGACGAGACUUGUAGUCGGCAAGAUGACAGUAGUUGUGAUAGAGGGCAGCAGGCUUGCCAUCAACAAUGAAGAUUCAGAGGUUUAUUGUACCAUUGCAGUUGAUUCUGCUGCACUUAAACAUGAAGACAUCUUCCGUCGAUACCCAGGGGAGGUCUACGAAGUUGAGAUUCAGAAGAAUAAUAAAUCAAUAGGAGUUAUGUUUAGCAGUUCACCAGAUGAAUCUGAGGUGGUAAUCGAGUCCAUCCAAACAAACUCUCCAGCUAGUUUAACAGAAUUAAAAAGGGGUGAUGUUCUCCUAUCCAUAAAUGGUAUAGACGUAACUUCAGGUAAAGAAGCUAUGAAGUUAAUCAAGAAUUCCAAAGAAAAGUGCAAAUUACGGGUUCAACGACCUACACAACCGAUAGACACAAGCGUAAACCAAGUGGAUGGCAGAGUUGAAUUUGUGGAUCACAGUCAAGAAAAUGAUUAUGAUGACUUUAUCAAUGAUACAAUAACAACACUUGGCUAUAGUACACAAGAUUCCUUACCAAAGCAGGUGACCGCUGCCGCUGCAAGCCUGUCUGAGAGCAUUUCCCCUGUGUUACGGCGAAGGGCCUUUCCCGAAGGACAGUCACAGCACAAACGGCGUGCCUCUUGGGGAGCCAUGGAUUCAAGCAUGGAAUCAUAUAUGGAUUUAAAGAGUGAGAGCACGCAUAGCCUAGGAACGUUUUUGAAAGAGUCGGAGAAGUUGACACAGUUGGCUUCCAAAAAUCAGCCUGUAGCACGUGAACACACCAAGAACUUGCCGUUUAACGGCUUGCCAAGUGACCCUGAUGCUGAUACAAUAAGUCUAGCGAGUUGUCCGCCGGACUUUCUUGAAGAUGCUUUUGACGCACCUACAGGUGAAACUAGGCCAACGCAGAAAAAGGAAGAUUUCCAAACAUCUUGUAUGCCCGCCUCUAGAGACAUCAACUGGGAUGAGCUAUUUGAAUUUGACUUAGAUGACUCAGAUAAAUUCCUUAAUGUAUGCAUCUGGAAUCGUGUCAAAGGUCAGCUUGGUGAAAGAGACAUCCCAAUUGGUUAUGCCAGUGUGCCGCUGAUGAAUGUAGCCCUCCAGUGCUUAACAACAUUAUCAGGCGAGCACCAGGAAAUCUACAAGUUGUUUCCCCCUCAACAGAAAGCUGGAGCAAGCCGACAUCCAGCAUAUGCAAAUCUCUACCGUCACUCUGGUUUUGAAAACAACCUUUGUUAUGGUGACAUAACCCUGGGCUUCCAUCACAGCCCGUUAGAACGACAAGAAUUCACCUUGGAAGAAAUAAAUGCAAAAAUGGACGAAUUAAGGUCACACCGUCUUGAGUCACAGAAUGAUCUCAGGCAACAACCAAACGUUAAAAAACGGACAAGACCAGAUGAAUUGAGCUUAACUUCAACUAAACGACAUGUUUUUGUGGGUACGCAGUUUGCUGCACAAACGCGAUGUGGCUUUUGCACUAAAAAGGUCUGGACAAAAUAUGCUUACCAGUGUAAGGUUUGUAAACUGAUAUGUCACAAGAAAUGCUCCGAGAAAACCCAAGCACAAAUGCCAUGCGAUAUACUCCUAGGGCGUCCCAAAUCCGAGCACCCGUCCCCAGCUCGCGACAUCCAACUCAAAGUUCCAGCGUCGAUCACGCCUAUGCCAUCACCAGGGAACUCCGUCAAGAACACACCCCAGACCUCACCCACCUCCUCCCCUCCUGGUUCACCACUUAACUCACCUCCGACAUCAGACGAUGAGGAGGACAUUGAUGAGCUUGUUCGCAGUAUCCAUAAAUUGAAGGGGGAGCUACGGAAAUUGAUUGAUCCGGGAGGAACAAUGGCGGAUACGGAUGCUAUGUUCAUGUCUGCUGCACGAGAGAUGGGAAGAGAAUUAUACAUCGAUCUCCUCGUAAAUGAACGCAAAGAAAAGUUGGAACUCAUGAUUUCAAAACUUCAACAAGAGAUAGAUCGUGAAGCAGAGAAGCGGGCCCACCUUGCCCAGGACCAGCACAAUGCCAAACAGGCCAGUCAUGAAGCCAGUGUUGCUGGUAAGAUCCUAAAAAGCGAACAACGAAUGGAGGACUUAAGACUUCUUAUGAUUCAUUAUUGUGCCGGUAUGCAGCACUGCAAUGAAGCAAAAUCCAAAGAUUGAGGUCCCUGAUAAUAACUUAUACCGCAACCACAUUUGUUGGUUACCUUACCUUGGUUAAUUAGAGACCAACACCAGUUUUAUCCUGGUAGAGAGGGUAGCAUAACAUAAGGACUUUUCUUCCAUUUUCUUGAAGCCUACUCAACUGUAUCAACUGCUACAUGUGCCCUAAAUCAGCAUGACCUUUAGUUUUUGAAAUCCUUUGAGAUAUCAACCAAACACAAUGUGCCCUUAAUCAGCAUUACUAUUCUAAACCUAUCAAUAUCAUCCAAUAGGGAAAUGUGCCCUGAAUCAGUAUAAUUCUUAGUGUGAUUUUAAAUGUUAUCCAAGUUUUAAUUUAAUGUUUUGUAAUCAUAUUUGUUGGUACCAAUGAAAUCUUGAUUUUGUACUUUAAAAAUGAAGAAAUGAAAUAGUAGUAAUUGCCAUUAGUUUUAACAUGGACCUAUUAAUAAUUAAUAGGUCCAUGGUUUUAAUGUGUUUUUAUUGUAAAUAAAUUAAUAUAUUUAUUUUAGAAUUGUUUAUUAUUUUUGUUUUGCAUUCUGACACCAUUGGUGCUGUCUGUAUAAAUGUCAAGUAGAUUAUGAAAUGAUGUAGAUAUUCAAAAUGUAAAUAGUUAUCUGAAAAUAUAAUAUCUAAAUUAUAAUUGUAAUCUCAAUGAUUAUUAUAAUUAUCAUUAUUUUUUUAAUUACGAUUAUCAUGAUUAUCAUUAAUAAAAUUAUCAUAUAAUAAUAAUUAUACUUAGCAUACAUAUUCUAACCCACUUCCAUGUCUUUACGCAUCUAAAUUUUCUAAGAUCUUAUAUUUUAUCUCAAUGUUAAGAGCACUAUA